CAGUGCUGCAGCUGCUGAAAGAUGGCAGAGGAAGUGGUGGUGGUGGCCAAAUUUGACUAUGUGGCCCAACAAGAGCAAGAGCUGGACAUCAAGAAGAACGAAAGGCUGUGGCUCCUGGAUGACUCCAAGUCCUGGUGGCGCGUGCGGAAUUCCAUGAAUAAAACGGGCUUCGUGCCUUCUAACUACGUGGAAAGGAAAAACAGUGCUCGGAAGGCAUCUAUUGUAAAAAACCUCAAGGAUACUUUAGGCAUUGGAAAAGUGAAAAGGAAAACUAGUGUCCCAGACUCUGCCUCGCCUGCCGAUGACAGCUUUGUGGACCCGGGGGAGCGUCUUUAUGACCUCAACCUGCCUGCCUAUGUGAAAUUUAACUACAUGGCAGAGAGAGAAGAUGAAUUAUCUUUGAUAAAAGGUACCAAAGUGAUCGUCAUGGAGAAGUGUAGUGAUGGCUGGUGGCGCGGAAGCUACAAUGGACAGGUUGGAUGGUUCCCUUCAAACUACGUGACUGAAGAGGGCGACAGUCCCCUGGGGGACCACGUGGGCUCCCUGUCGGAGAAAUUAGCGGCGGUCGUUAAUAACCUAAACACAGGCCAGGUGUUGCAUGUGGUCCAGGCGCUCUACCCAUUCAGCUCGUCCAACGAUGAAGAACUCAAUUUUGAGAAAGGAGAUGUUAUGGAUGUUAUUGAAAAGCCAGAAAACGACCCUGAGUGGUGGAAAUGCAGAAAGAUCAACGGGCUGAUUGGUCUGGUGCCAAAAAACUAUGUUACCAUUAUGCAGAAUAAUCCCUUAAACUCGGGUUUGGAGCCGUCGUCUCCACAGUGUGACUACAUUCGGCCCUCACUCACUGGAAAGUUUGCUGGCAAUCCGUGGUAUUACGGGAAAGUUACCAGGCACCAGGCAGAAAUAGCUUUGAAUGAAAGAGGGCAUGAAGGCGAUUUCCUCAUUCGGGAUAGUGAAUCUUCG